CGCUUUUCCAUGCUCCUUCGCAUUAGCAGCGGAUUUGUCUCUGGUCGCGGCAACCAGCUUCGCUGCAUGAGAUACUUGUUUCCACUCAAUUGGCCAUCUCGUUAACAUUGGGCCCCCACAUCCCCAUUGAUCACACCAUAUACUUCAUUGCUUUCAUCGCAGCAACUGCUCGCAAACCCAGCCCAUCAUGGCGUCCGGUACAGGCACCAAUGAUCCUCCCCGGAUCCCUCCUCCAGAUUUCACCCCGGAGUCCACAGAUGCCUUCUCUAAGCGGCAUCAGCCCCCCCUGCGCGGCAUAAUGGUCGACCCAGACUUCCCACCCACUGCAGAGGAGGCGUCAAAGGCGUUUCAAGAGUCUCGACAGCUUCCUCCCGAGGUGCGCGCAGAGCUGGAACAGCGCCCGCCGCCAAAUUUGCGACGCAGCUCCGGCGCGUCCAAGAUAUUCAAUCAGGCCCCGGGCAGCGGUGGCGAGGUGUUCAACACCAUUCCCGGCGGCGAUACUCUUCAGCGAGGACGGGGGAAAUACACCGACCCCUCUGCCUCAGAAGUCGCCAAAGAACCACCCGAACCUACGGUCGCCAAUGCGCUGAAAACCAUCUCUCUUUCAGACUACAAGACCUUCCAUCAGAUCCCCUGCGUGCGACCUGCUCUGCUCAACGGCAUGAUGGCCGGCUUCGCGUUAGGAAGCGUGCUCUUCAUCACGGGGCGUACCGUAUGGAAGUCGACCAACUACGCAGUGUGGGGUUUCAUUGGCAGCAGCGCUGUUGGCUACAAGUGGUGCGGCGUCCAGCGCAAUCGGGAGAAAGAGGGCAUGAGGGCUGCCGUGAAGAUCAUCGAUGAAAAGAAAGAGGAAAAGAGGCUGGCGUAUGAAGAACGUAAGAGGAAGAUUGAGGAGAUGAGGGAGGCGAAGCGGAAGGCGGAAGAGGAGGAGAAGGCGGCACAGAGAAGGUGGUACAAAUUCUGGUAGCUGAGAGCCGUUCUGGUUGGCGGUGUUUUGUAUGAGCUGCAUUUGCAUAGCGUUUGGCGCAACCUGGGAUCUUUUGUUGUUUUGUAAAUCUAUGCAUUUGAUGCGAGGAGAAGCCUGCCUCGUGCAGGCCUCGGUCUGAAUUCCAGAUGUAUAUAUUUGCUAAGUGGGGGAUAUCAUGUCUCAAAUAGAAUCCAAACUUAAGGGAAUCUCCGCAAAAUUGCGCCAUAUCCAG